AUGCCUAAACCAGUAGAAGAAGAAAGAUGGGAAUUCAAGUUAAACAUUCCUUCAACAACGGCGAACUACGAUGCAGAAAAAUACAGCAUUGUCACGACACAAACUCCAGCUUCUGGUCGACGCACAACCACAGCGGCAUCUUCCAGUUCUUCAACAGCACCAACUGAUGCUGAUGGAGAUAGCGACACUUCCAAUCCUGAUGCUCGUGAAAAGAAAUCACUGCUUGGUUUGUCGUCUGAUGAUAAAUCAUCUCCACAAGGACAACAAUGCUGUUGGCAAUACAGCGGACCUCGAGGAAUGAAUCUACAAUCGAAUAUUCUAUUGAAACUCUCGUAUCGACCUGCAUGGCAAGCCAUUCCAGAAUACACCAACUCUAGUAGUCUUGCUUCGUGUUGCCAAUGUAAAAGUUAUGCUGGUGAAAUGGAAGAAGAACAGGUCUGGGAAAUUUACACACAAGAACAAGUGGUCAAGACGGAAAAACGAGAAAUCACCAUUCGAGGGGUGGGAAAAUGUCAAGCCAUGCAAGUUUUUUUGAAACCCUUGUUUGAUCAUGAUAAUGAUGAUGCCUCGCAAGAGCGGAUGAGUCCUCCCCGUGAGAUGCAAUCUAGUUUGGGCCUUCACCGACAACGAAUGGGAAACCAGCAACGAUCCGAUCAACAAGAACAACAACCACAAUGGUCUCGGUUUACCGAAGCACCCGAUUCGUCGCCCAGCCAUAUCAACCAUAUUGUCGUCACCUUUGCCAUUCCAUUGACCAAUGAUGACCCUACAUGCGAUCCGCCGUUGUUAUGGAAAGUAGAUGUUCCAAGAUUUCAAUCCACAGAUGUUUGUAUCGAUACUCUCACUGUCUUUGAUGGAACAGUCGAUAUGAAGGAGAACCCGACCCAUGUGUACAUUCAAGGAUAUCAAUCUUGGUCCUAUACAGGUUCUGUAGUAAAAGGAAAGAAGCAGCCACAGCCAGCCAUGCCAGACAUGUUUAGCAAAGCAUUCAACUUUGGAGGAAUGCCCUGCGAGACGCCCACUAUUGUCUUUCCUCCAAGAACGGAUAUGAGCAAGCUUCCAUCCGUCCAUGAACUGCAAGACAAACGAAUGUACCAAUCGGAUUAUUUUGUGGGAAUUACUACGAGCAAAGGAAAUAUUUUGGAUGAGUUUGGUGGACCGGCAUUGGUGUGUGGUUGGUUGUCCCAACACGAACAAUUAGGGACGCUGAAUUUGGAUCCCAGUCUGACACAACUGGAAAUGCACGCCACCCACAGGGCCCAGCUGGUCGCACCCAUUACCACUACCGAUUGGGCCUAUGCGCAAUUGGUAUCGCCGCAUCACUAUGACGAGGAACCCUUGGUCCACUAUUUGCAUGCUGCGGCCGCCUUCAACGAGGCUCGGCCAUUGCAGAAUGGUCCAAUGCUGACUGGAUGGUGCAGUUGGUAUCACUACUACGAGAAUAUUUCCGAAGAGAACCUACGAGAGAAUUUUGCCAAGCUUGCUACAAUACAGGACGAUGUACCAACCAAUGUGGCUGUCGUCGAUGAUGGCUAUAUGACUGCUUGGGGAGAUUGGGAUUCCUUCAAACCAAAAAAGUUUACGGAUAUGAGGUUUGUGUCACAGGAUAUUGAACGAAAUGGUAUGCGCCCAGGUAUCUGGUUGGCUCCCUUUGCCUGCGAUAAGCAUUCAAUGAUUGCAAAGCAACACCCGGACUGGAUCAUUCGCAACGAUCAGGGCCGACCGGCAAAUUCCUCAAAUUGCGGUAAAUUCUUUUACGGUUUGGAUGCUACCAACCCUCAUGUCAGAGAAUAUGUGGCCAAGUGCAUUCGACGAGCGGUGAAGGAUUGGGGGUUCGAGGCGCUAAAGAUUGACUUUUUGUAUGCGGCGUGUCUGGAAGGAAAUGGUAAAUAUGAUUUGUCCAUGACACGAGCACAAGCCAUGCAUUUGGCACUUCAGACGAUUCGGGAGGCGGCUGGUCCAAACGUCUUCUUGAUUGGUUGCGGUUGUCCUGUUGGUGUUGGGAUUGGUUACGUGGAUGGAAUGAGGAUAUCUGCUGACACUGGCCCUACAUGGUAUCCAGCAUUCCCAUUGCCUUGGUGGGACAAUGGCACUCUUCCUAGUCUACGAGCAAUGAUUCGGAACAGCAUGACGCGAGCUUCGUAUGGCCAUCGGUGGUGGCACAAUGAUCCGGACUGUCUGCUGCUUGGAAAAACAACCAGUUUGACAAAUGAUGAAGUUGCCACUGCGUGCUCAGUGGUUGGACUGACAUAUGAGCCGACCGUCAUGCAUAUUCCACCAAGAGCUCUCCGUCCACUGCCUUCAGGUGGCGUUUCUUCGAGCAAAGAUGGUUGUCACAUUUUCUCCUUUUGGUCCGGUAACUACACUUGGGCUCCGGCAUCGGCAUAUCAAUCCAAGUCUUCGAUACGAGAGGCUACUGGACCACUGAGCCAUAAACUUCGAAAACAUCAGUCUGAAAUAUUCCACCUCAAGGCAGUGACGCCAGGUGUGCCUCAAUACAUUGGAAGUGACAUGCACUUCUCAUGCGGUUACGAGGUACUGUCGUUCGACGCUAGUCAAAGCAAUAAGGUGAUGGUCAAGCUGAAGACAGAGUUGAAGCGUGAGGGGAACAUAGUCGUGUUCCUUCCAGUUGUCGAUACUGCAAAUGUGAAGGCCUUUGUAGGCGGUCUACAGGCUACUUGGAGCGUGGCAGGCAGUACACCAGGCGUAAAUGGUGUUGCGUGUAUUGGUCGCUGUAUUAAAAUUGCAGUUACCAUCAAUGCGGAUGAGACCAAUGAGGACGGCGAAGUCAUCAUCGAAUACUAG